UAACAAACCAGUUUUUUUGUUUUGCACUGGCUUUUCAAACUCGUGAAAAAGGAUUUCAAAAUACGUUAAUGGCGAGAAAUGACAGUCAAGAUUUCGAAACCGGAAAUAUAAAUGGAGAAAACUCAACGUUUUCUUGGAAUAACCAGUACAACACUAAUACAUUGGAUGACUUCACUUUUUCUUCAGUUAAUACAACUAGUACAGCUGUAUUUCAGGAUUACCCAACUGGUUUACUAAACUUCGGUGCGACCUGCUGUAUCAUAUUUGCAAUUAUAGGGGUCCCGGGAAACAUCAUUUCUGUAAUAGCAUUAGUUCGUUGUCCCCGUCUGAAAAAUAAUGCAACAACGUGGUUUAUUGUCAAUCUUUGUAUUGCUGAUGCCUUAAUAUGCGCUUUUUCUAACCCUCUUUCUGUCUCGACUUUAAUUCAACGAACAUGGGCACAUGGUGAUAAACUAUGUGAGGUGUUUCCUAUAAUAAGAUUCACCAAUGUAGGAGUGUCUUUGCUGAGUGUCGUGGCAAUAACAGUGAACCGAUAUAUUCUCAUGGUUCAUCCUUCACAUUAUAAAAUCAUAUACAGAAAACGCACCAUCGCUGUAAUGAUGUUUCUCAUUUGGAUUAUUUCUUUCCUCUUCGUCCUUCCUCCUCUUCUGAAAGUUUGGGGGAAAUUUGGAUUUGAUCCUUCUGCCGGAUCCUGCACAAUUUUAAAACUCAAUAACCGUUCACCAAAGGUUUUUAUAUAUGUAUUUGCUUUUGUCUUGCCAUCUUUUGCGUUUAUCAUCUGCUAUUCCCGGAUAUAUUGGGUCGUCAGAAAAGCGCAUAAAAACGUCCAAGAACAACUAAAAGUUUCUUCGGAAAGACAAUAUGAAUUUAACGGAAAAGAACCCCCAAAGUCCCCAAGGUUAACAACUCUUAAUAAUCUUCGUGGGAAACUUCAUUUGACAUCAGCCUCCAAUAACAGAAAACGGAAACAACUUUCUAGAGAUAUCAAACUUCUUCGGAUGAUUCUGGUCCUCUUCUGCACCUUCAUUGUCUGCUACUUACCAAUGACCAUCGUUAAAGUAUCCAGAAAAGAAAGCGAUUUUCCAGUGACAAACAUUUUAGGUUAUGUGUCAUUUUAUUUUAGUUCUUGUGUGAACCCAAUUAUUUACGUUAUAAUGAGUCAGGAGUACAGAAAAGCCUACAAGAACCUUUUUACUUGUUCUAAAGAUGCCACCACUUCUUCUACUUCAUAAGAUUUAUUUAGAAAAUAUAUAUUUUUAAUAGUGAUACUGUGUUCGUGUGUGUGAGCUUAGUUUCAUUUAUUUUCGCAAUCACAUUUUUUUAUAGGUUGAACAAAUUUAAGAUAUUAUUUGAGAUAUGCUUACUCUCUCCAAAGCGAGUGUUAAUUUCCUGAUUUCUAUACAGUUACAAUUAUUUUCUCGUUUACGUUGACUUGACAACUUCUUUUAAACAGUCAUUUAUUGUUUAUCGGAAUAAAUCAUACUUUAAUCAGUCAUCUUGAGCAACUUGCUCUGAAACGUUAAGAUGCUUCGAUUUCAUCAACAUACCCAAAAAAUACUGGAAUCAUCUACCCGGCAAAAAUACUUUCAACAAGACAAACUCUGAAUUAUUGCAAGAAUGAUAAGAAAAGUUCUUACCCUCUAUGGACGUCUACAAUAUCAUUAAACAUGGAAUAUCUGGAUUAUACACUCGAGUGCCGAAAAACGACAAAGAGUUGUUCUACCAGCUCUCGGUUUUUCAUUAUUACACUCUUAAUUACUUGUUACCAUUUUAUAAUGUAUUGAACCAAAUACAUUUUUAAAUGGUCAAGCACUCUGUGCAAUGAUAUUAAAUGGCAGCGUUAUUGGAGCUCAGGUUUGUAAUAUGAGGGUUUGUGUGUAGUUAAUAUUAUGAAGUUUUGUUAUUACUAUCAGAAAGGCUUAAAAAUUUGCUAAAAUCGUCAUUUUUCCAUUAUAUUUUAGAUUAGUUAUGUAUGAAAGGGCAAUAUAGUGAUGCCUAAUUGAUAAAUAUUACGAAUUAUUUUUGCUCCGAAACAUUUUUUCAGCUCGUUAUCUAAUUUCAUCCUUAUUUAAUUCCUAUACGAUUAAGUUAGAACUAUAUAACAAAACAAAAGUAUUCCAAAACUUAGAGAAUCAAAUCAGUUAUAAGAAAAUAUAAUUUAUUAAAAUUAGAACGAUUGGUUGGUUGUUUGUUUUAGAGCAAAGUCACAUCUAUCUGUUGUGUUCACUGAAGGAAAUCGAACACUGGUUUGUGGUGUUGUAAGUUCGUAAAACUAUCUUUGAUUAAGAACGAAGUCUAACCUCUUUACUGUUGAAUGUUUCGAAUAUUGUAUGAAUUUAAGUGUUUUUUUUUAUAAAUCUUAAUAUAUGAAUGGAUUUAAUUAUAUGCCAGAUUGAAUAAGAGUUUUCCCAAGAAGUAUUAUUCCUGACCAACAUUAUAUUUUCUAGUUAUAUGAAUUAUAUAUAUAUAUUUAUAAUAAUUAUAGAUAUAUAUAAAAUAUUAAGUUAUAUGAAUCACGAUUUCCAUCGUUAUUGCUGUUAUUUCGGAAUUAAGUAAUACCUAUCGAACUGUUUAAUUCCAUAUAGAUUAAAGAGUAUAGAAAACGAUAAAAAUUAACAUAUGAACGGCAUGUGUUUAGCUGUUUUAUUGUAGAAUGUUUUCUCUUUGAUUCGUUAGCUCGUUUCUUUCUACUAAAUAAAAGUAAAAGGGAUUAAAAUGUCAGAUUUUAAAGAAAAACCUGUACUCCUGUAUUAAAAACCAUUAA